GUCAUACGUCAAAAACUCUCAACAACAACAACACCAUUUUUAACAAAACUAAUUUCUAUUACAAACACCAAUUUUAAUAAAAUUAUUUAAAAUGUCGAUGAAACCGGACGAUCACAGAAGAAAAUGGGACCGGGAAGAAUACGAAAAGCUUGCCGAAGAAAGACGAAAAGAAGAACGCGAACGUGAAGAAGAUGCUGAACAGAAGAAAAAAGGUCCCCCGAUAAAACGUGAACUUUUAAAACAACGAGAUUACAAAAUCGAUUUGGAUUCUAAACUGGGAAAAAGCAUAGUUAUUAACAAAAAUACACCCACGUCGCAAUCGGGCGGAUAUUAUUGUAAUGUGUGCGAUUGCGUUGUUAAAGAUUCUAUUAAUUUUCUCGAUCAUAUUAACGGAAAGAAACACCAACGUAACUUAGGAAUGUCUAUGAGAAUUGAACGAAGCAAUUUGGAUACUGUUAAACAACGUUUUGCUUUAAAUAAGAAAAAAAUGGAAGAAAAAAAGAAGGAGUAUGAUAUGGCCUCCAGAAUGCAAGAAAUCGCUGAAGAAGAAGAAAAACUUAAAGAGUAUAGAAGAGAGAAGAGAAAAGAAAAUAAACGUAAAGCGGAAGAGAUGAAUAAUGAUAGUGAACAAUUUAGUGAAAUAAAUAGUAUUAUGGGAUUUUCUGGGUUUGGUUCUUCAAAAAAGAAAUAAUAAUAAAUAAGAUUAAUUUUU